UUCUUUGUGUGUUAGAUCGUGUGGAAUUGUUUAGUUUUAAUAAAUUCACUGUUUGAAGUCGUGCAUCGUGAGAAGUUCACACACCGAAGCGUCACAGAGACAGUCAAGGCUUCUUCGCACAAGACGAAAAGAAUAUGUCAAACGUCACUAAAUAUACGGAGCGACUUUACACUGUUUCGUUCCAGGAAAUAUGCGACCGUUUUGGAAAGCAGUACACGUGGGAUGUGAAGUCGUCAGUGAUGGGUAAAAAGGCCCUGGAUGCUGCCCAGAUUAUCCGGGAUGCUUUGGAGCUUCCCAUGACAGCUGUGGAACUCCUAGAUGAAAGUCGAAGGAUACAAGAAAGGAUUUUUCCUGAUGCCAAACUCAUGCCAGGUGUAGAGAAACUGGUGCGCCAUCUGCAGAAGCACGACAUCCCCAUUGCUGUGGCGACGAGCUCGGCUGGAGUGACGUUCAAGUUGAAGACAAGCCAACAUAAAGACUUCUUUGCUCUGUUCAGUCAUAUUGUUCUGGGCGAUGAUCCUGAGGUGAAGAACGGCAAACCUCAGCCCGACUCUUUCCUGGUGUGUGCCGGCAGAUUCAAACCCCCGGCUUCCCCAGAGAAGUGCUUGGUCUUUGAAGAUGCUCCCAAUGGCGUGAAAGCGGCACUGGCCGCAGGGAUGCAGGUGGUGAUGAUCCCUGACAGCAACCUGGACCCCAGCCUUACCCAGGAGGCAACGCUGCGGUUAAGGAGCAUGGAGGAGUUUGAACCGCAACUCUUUGGCCUACCGGCAUAUGACUAGACUAGAUAGCGAAGCUAAAAUAAAAAGCUGAAAUUCAGUCUCUGUGUUUGACUGAUCUUUGAAGGAAACCGUGAUAAUCGAGACGAUGAAUGGUCUUUGUUGGUACCUGCUGUAACCAGGAACCUCCCUAAAGAAAUAAAGACAGGGUACGGCGAGGUAUGCUUCAGAGCGGUAGGAGAUUGUAACUGAACGUAUCUCUGCCAUUCUCCUCACGCGUAAAAA